GAGAGAGAGAGAGAGAGAGAGAGAGGGGCGAGCCCCCGAACAUGAUCUCACGGAGCGGGAAUGCGAGGAGCCAUGAGCUGGUCGGGUUCCCACGGCGGGCUGAGCUGCUCUGGAGCCGGGAUUAACCUGGUCUACCUCUCGCUGCUGCUCUGGAGCUCCUGCUCUGGCAUGGACGGACUGGCUGAUUUCUCAAAAUACCUGUCCCGGAUCAUUACCAGUCACUCUGUGCAUGCGUGCGACGGGCAGCAAGUACGUCUCUACUGUCCACGCCACUCCACCAUCUCUAUCCAGUCGGCGUUUUACGGACGUGCCGACGCAAGCCUCUGCACCAAUGGGACGGCUGCGGGUGUCAGAGCGGCAAACUACAGCUGUUCCGCGUUUACGACCUUACAGAAGUUACUGUCAGAGUGUCAGAGCCACAGAGACUGUCAGCUACCUGUCAAUCACCUGGUGUUUGGGCCCGACCCCUGUCCUGGGACCAUCAAGUACCUCCACGUCACCUACAAGUGUAAACCUACUGAGCAUAAGAGCAGUGUGGUGUGUGAGGGAGAGAAGCUGACGUUACACUGUAAGCCUCCCAGAGUGCUGAUCAUCUAUACAGCUGCUUACGGUAGGGGUCUGGGCCACACCUGUCCCUCACAGGACAGAGGAACACCCCCGUUUGAGUGUUUGAACCACAAUGCGGUUCACACUCUGUCACAGAGCUGCUACAGCAAACAGAGGUGUGUUGUCGCCGUAGACAACCAGACCUUCAGAGACCCCUGCUACCCUGGAACCAGGAAGUACCUGACUGUCCUCUACUCCUGUGUACCACAGACAUUACUGCAGGAAGCAGACCCAGGUGUACUACACAGACCCACCUCACACCCAAAAGCCCACCCUGGUCCUCCCCCAGCCCACCCUGGUCCUCCCCCAGCCCAACCAGAUCCUCCCCCAGCCCACCCCGGUCCUCCCCCAGCCCACCCUGGUCCUGCAGAUGUGGCUGUCUAUCCUAAGGACUCCAGAACACCAGGAAACACAGGAGUCAUGAUGAGUAACUCUGUUAUGACUUACUCCUAUAUUAAAGAGCACCCAGAGACUGCGGCGUUGUUGUUCACCUCCAGUGUGUGUGUUGGUCUGCUACUCACCCUGCUGGCUGUGUCUAUCAGACUGACCUGUAGGGGGCUCCGCCACACACACAAAACACAAACACGCAGGAGCCAGGAAGAGGAGGAUGAUGAUGAUGAUGAAGAAGAGGAGGAGAUGACUGACUGCUCGCUGCUGUCGGACUCAGACAGGCAGCUGGCUUACUGCUGGGAGGAAGUGAGCUACAGGACAGCGGACGCGGAGAGGCUAGAACGCAUGGAGAGGAGGGACAUGGUGAUCCAGGAGAUCUGGAUGAACUCUGAUCUCUACGGGACGUCCUGUGAUCAGGACCAGACUCCUUAUUUACCACUCAGUUACACACAGCUGGAGUAACAGAACCAGACUCCUUAUUUACCACUCAGUUACACAGCUGGAGUAACAGAACCAGACUCCUUAUUUACCACUCAGUUAUACACAGCUGGAGUAACAGAACCAGACUCCUUAUUUACCACUCAGUUAUACACAGCUGGAGUAACAGAACCAGACUCCUUAUCUACCACUCAGUUAUACACAGCUGGAGUAACAGAACCAGACUCCUUAUCUACUACUCAGUUAUACACAGCUGGAGUAGGUUUUAGGUGUGAUUUAUUCACAGGUAAGAACACAUGUUAAAGACCAAAACAGUGCAGAUAUAGAACAUAUGAAAACACCACUUGGAAAGCCAAAAGGACUGAUAUGUUGAUAAACAACAUACAAAUAGAAGUCCAAAAAAACCAGUUAAACAGAACAUACUAAUUAUAAUUAUGUACAUAUUUAUAUACUCAGUAUACAAGAAAAAAACAUGUUUGAUUAUAUGUGUGUGUGUGUGUGUGAGAGAGAGUUAUUUUUUUACCUUUACCUUCAGACUAGGCAAGUCAGUUAAGAA